CCAAAAUUGUUUCGUGAUCUUUUCGCUCGGAGAUUUCCGCGAACCGGAUUUUCUCGCAUUAGUUUGUGAACUUGGUAGAUUAAACCCUGAUUCAGGCAAAUCUCCGUAUAUCAAGAUUUUCUGAGUCCUGUCUGGCUCAAUGAAACCCCUCCCAAGGGUUUAGGGUUUUUGUUGCAGACGCGGGAGAGGGAAGGGAGAGAGAGAGAGAGAUGAUGGAGGUGAAGAAGAAAGGGCUCAUAAGCGAGGAAGAUGUUUCCUUGAUUCUGAGAAGGUAUACAGCGACAACAAUACUUGCUCUUCUGCAGGAAGUUGCUCAGUUUCCUGGGGUAAAAAUUGAUUGGAAUGCACUGGUUAAGAAGACCUCUACUGGAAUUUCAAGUGCAAGGGAAUAUCAGAUGCUAUGGCGCCAUUUGGCUUAUCGUCACUCUUUGGUACAGAAGUUAGAAGAGGGCGCUGAGCCUCUGGAUGACGAUAGUGACUUGGAAUUCGAAGUAGAAACUUCUCCUGCUGUUAAUAAUGAAGCUUCUACAGAAGCUGCAGCAUGUGUUAAGGUCUUGAUUGCAUCUGGCAUGCCUGGUGACUCGGUUGCUCCGAAUUCAACCUUGGAAGCGCCUUUGACAAUAAAUAUACCUAAUACUGGUCAAACAUUAGGUAACCAGUCAAGCAGUAAGAAUCCUUCUCGCCCUAUCCAAGGCAUGAACAUCACCAUUCCAGUUUCUGUUCAGAAGCAACCAUUGCCAGCUGCAUCAUGUGGGGAAUCACUGGAAGGCAAUGGGUCAACAGCAUCGGGUCAGACAGCAAGGAGAAAGAGGAAAUUGUGGACAGAAGAUGAGGACAAAGAACUUAUUGCAGCUGUGCAGAAAUGUGGUGAAGGAAAUUGGGCAAACAUACUGAAAGGAGAUUUUAAGCAUGACAGAACUGCAUCGCAGCUCUCUCAGAGGUGGGCUAUCAUCAGGAAACGCCAAGCUAACUCAAAUUUAACAGCUGUUGGCAACUCCACCAGUUCAGGUCUCUCUGAUGCACAGUUGGCUACACGGCAAGCAGUUUCAAUGGCUCUCAACAUGUCAAUGUCUAACAGUAUCUCGUCCAUGUCUUCAUUUGGCACCCCUUUGAAUUCUUCUGCUCAACCAGCAACUCCUGCUGGAGUGGCCUCGGUGUCAGCCCAACAAUCGGAACAAGGAGUCAAAUUAGAAGCUACGCAACAGGCAGUGCAGCCAUCUCCACAAGCUGGUGUUCAAAGGUCAGUACCAUCACAGACUGCCAAGGUUAAGCCGGUCCCCAAAAAAUCCUCAGCUCAACCAAAAACUUCUAGUGGGCCUACGCCCAAUCCUCUAGUUCAGGCAGCUGCAGUAGCCGCAGGAGCUCGAAUAGGUACAGCCUCAGAUGCUGCAUCUUUAUACACUGCGGGUCAGUGUAGGAACACUGUUCAUGUAAGGCCUGGAGGAGUCCCUCUUGCCAAACCAAUUCCCCCGGGUCCAAAAGCGUCAGGCUUGAGUGCAACUGCUCCCAGACCAACAAAUGUACACUACAUACGGACUGGCCUAGCUUCAACAUCACCUGUUUAUUCUGGCGCUCUCACUAGUGUGCAGAGGUCUGCUAGUGGUUCAGGAAGAGUGGCACCAGUGAGUCCAAGUUCUACAGCAGGCGCACCUUCAGCUUUGAGCACUCCUAACCAAACCAUAUCGCAGAUACCCAAGUCCUCUAGCACACCAAAUAACACCUCAUCUGGAACUUCUGGUGGGGAAUCUAUGUCUCAGGAUGUUGGGGACAGAAGUGCAGGGGGAGUGAAGUCAGAGAGCUCGUCUGAAGAACUCAGGAUGCUUGAGCAGCCGUGUCUUCCGACCCCUGACUCUAUUGAGAACCAACCUGUCUCGGAGGAUUCAAAUGAAUUGAAGAUCUCAGAGGAAAAAGCGGUUGCUGACAUUGUCGACCAUGAAGUGGAAAAUGGGGAGACACAGCUUCAGAAUGCCGAUCCAUGAACUUGCAGCCUUACAGUGGAAUUUUGCAAUAUCAAAUUCCCUUGCUGUGGUUAAGUACUGGGAUAAUUUCAUGGAGUUAAGUGAAGUGAACAGGUGUUCAUGUUGAUUCCUAAGAACCAGUAAUCGGUUUCUUCGUGACUGGUUUUUAUAAGAUUCAAGGGGGAAAAAAGCCGGAAAUUUUGUUGACAUCAAGCUCUAAAAUAUUGUACUGUUGCCGAAAAGAGCAGCUUAAAUGAUCGUUCUUGUCAAAUGAAGUUAAUGAUAAUGUAAAGUUUGUGAAAAGAAUGGCCCUGCCAUUUCCACGGCUCCACCUGCUAGAAGCAAGCUAAGUCGUCUAGCUUUCUCCAUCUUUUUCUGUUUUCGCAAAUCUGAUAUGUAAAGUAAAAUUUAUGUUAUGAAGUUGAUUAUAAAUGGUGUUGUGCAAAACAUGCGCUUAGUUUUGUAUUCUUGCAA